AUGGCAGAUUACCUCGACUUAGUCUACCCGCUUGUUCCUGUCGUCCAUCGGCCCAGUUUCCGUCAUGAUCUGGCCACAAACCGGGACAUCACCGAUCCCGACUUCUUUGCUGUCCUAAUGAGUUUGGCCGCGCUCACAGUUGGGCUACUGCCGUCGCGUUUCCGCGACUAUAGGGCAGUUGACCCCGAAGCUGCGAUGCGCUUCGAGAACAGAACUGCAAUGAUCAACUGUUGCGCGGAGAUCUGCACUCGACAACGGACUGCGAACUACUGGGACCACAUCAACCAUCGGAAAUGGGCAGUGUGUUACGUCCUUUCCGUCGCUUGUUUUCAAACGGGUCAGGUCAACCGCAGCCGGAUGUUCGAUGUGGAGUACUUACAAGUUUCGCGACUUCUUGGGCUACAUCGCAUCUCCGAGUAUGAGGGUCUCAACUGCAUCGAGACCCAAUUACGGAAGAAGGCCUUCUGGAUGCUCUUCUAUGGCUACGCGCAUACCAGAGUUCAAGCAGGACGCUGGGAGCGGCUGACAUACUUUGGGCCUGGUGAGCUACGUGAGGUCAACUACGAAGCUCUCAUGCCCCUUGACGUCGACGAUGAACACAUCUUCAGAGACAGGAUCCUAGACCCCGUCUCCCCAAUGGCAUCGCAUGGGACACCAUCCGCCCAUACUCAGGAACCCCGAGUUACAUUCACACUCACCAGCGGCUUCAUCAUCCACUCUCGAGUGUUCCACAAAGGUCUACAAGAAGCCAUAGCCACCUUGGGCUGCGAGUGUGAGCUCCGUCGCACCCCCACCGCCCGUCUUGCGCGCAUGCGCGAUCUUCUCCAAGAGAUGAGAUACAUGCUCGACGAUGUCCCGGGCCCCAUGCGGCAAUGGGCUUCCAAUGAUGGGGUUACCGAUGCGGCCCCCAGCACGCCGCGGUUUGACGAUGAAAGAGGUGCAGCUGCUGUGUCGAGCUAUGGUAGCCCGGGUGACUAUAGCCGUGCUCCAGAAGCCGGGUCCUACUCACAGGUGAUUCAGGGCCAAGCCGAGAUCAUGAGAGCUAACAUCCAUGUUACGCAUCUGUGGCUGCAGAGCUUGCUGCUGGAACAAGUCGACGGUGUCACUCAAGAGAGCGCGAUUGCCAACCCCUCGACGACUGCACGUGAGGAAGUGUCGGCGGCCCUGAAAGCGAACUGGGCCGAACCUCAUGCAAAGUUCGAUCUCUAA